AUGUGGAAACCGCGUAGCAGCGUUCUUCCUCUUAGCGAUCACGACAACGCACACUUGAAGCAGCGAUCGAGACGACUAGCUCGAAUGUUUCGUUCCGGACGUUUCUUGACGGCCGCAGUAGCGGUCGGGUGCCUCAUGGGGUUCCUGUUUGUGUGGCACUAUUCCUUGAACCCGGAUAACGGCCAUCAGGUCGUCCCUUCUGGAAAGGAAGCCGUUAAACCCGGAGCGGUGGCUGAUACCAGCUCCUUUGAAUGUACAAAAUCCUAUGAUGGCAAAACACCUGUUGAGCAGUACGUGGUUAUGAUCGACGCUGGUUCUUCUGGCUCACGUGUUCACGUGUACCGUUUCAAUAACUGUCAGGCUAUGCCUCGCCUGAUGGGUGAGGAGUUCAAGAUGAUCGACGGAGGCCUCUCGAGCUAUGCAGAUGAUCCUGUUGCUGCGGCAAAGUCGCUCGAUGUUCUCCUCAAAGUGGCUCUGGACAGUAUUCCCGAAAACCAACAGGGCUGCUCCCCUAUUGCCGUCAAAGCCACUGCGGGCUUGCGCAAAUUGGGUGACAAAAAGUCGGAAAUUAUUUUGGGUGCUGUCAAGAAACAUUUGGAAGACAACUAUCCGUUCCCUGUCGUUAAAAAUGGUGUCACAAUCAUGCCUGGUGAGGAGGAAGGUGUUUAUGCUUGGGUCACUGCUAACUACCUGUUAGGAAACAUUGGAACCAAAGAAGAUACACCUACUGUUGCUGUGUUUGAUUUGGGUGGUGGUUCUACUCAAAUUGUGUUCGAGCCCAAAUGGAAAGAUGCCUCCAAACAGCUCACAGCUGGCGAUCAUCGGUUCGAGCUGUCCUUUGGCGGAAGAGACUUUGUUUUGUAUCAGCACUCUUAUUUGGGCUACGGUCUUAAUGAGGCAAGGUCCAAGAUCAACAGUUUGGCCACCGAGUCCCAGAUCAACGGAUCCCAGCUCCCUGAGUCGCUUGUCCACCCUUGCUUACCUCCUGGAUCGUCCAAAUCCUUUGAGGUUGAGGUCCCGGAUGGUACGGCUAGUCUUGAUGGCCCCGUGAAAACCACCAAAAAGGUGCUGUUCAAAGGCAGCAGUGAGCCGUCCCCUCUGCAAUGCCGGGCACUGGCCGAAAAGAUUCUCGCCAAGGACGCCGUCUGUGCCAACCCACCCUGCGCAUUUGAUGGUGUACACCAGCCCCCACUCUUUGAAGCAUUCCCUUCAACUAGCGAAAUGUAUGUGUUUUCAUUUUUCUACGAUCGUACUUUCCCGCUGGGUAUGCCGUCGGUGUUUACCCUCGAUGAGCUGCGGGAUUUGCAAAAUAAGGUUUGCAAAGGCCCCGAUGCUUACUCGUCAUUUACAGCUAUUCGCGGGGCCGUUGAUGCCAUCAAAGAGCAUCCAGACUGGUGUCUCGAUUUAAGCUAUAUGCUUACCCUUCUGCGCACCGGCUAUGACUUGCAUGGCUCCCGCGAGGUAAAGAUUGCAAAAAAGAUCAACGGUAACGAGCUUGGGUGGUGCCUAGGUGCAUCAUUGCCCUUACUGGACGGAGUCGACUGGAAAUGCCGGGAAACUGCCGGAUGA